UCUCCUGCAUCAUACUUGACUUUCUCCAAGCCUAUUGCUGUAACAACUACAAUGGAGAAGGGGCUGUAAAUGAGUCCAGUCAAGCUAGAGUUUAUAGAAUUCAGAUAAGCUCUACAAUGGGGUCUGUUUCCCCGAGUUCUCUUAUGGAUAUUUUCAACUUAUUGAAGGCUUGUUGCUCUCCGUCAUGCAAUUAUAUCAUGACCUAUGAGGGGACUUUUAGCUCCUUGGCCAGUGAGGUUGGGCAGCUGAAGGACAAAAGUUCCGAUGUCAAGAGAGAUAUCGAGGCAGCAACAAGGGAUGGCCAGACUCCCAGGAGCGAAGUGCUUGGGUGGCUAAGCUCCGUGCAAGACAUGGAAGGUGAAGCCGAGUCGAUAGAGAGAAAAUACAACCAAAAGAUCAAGUGUUUGUGUAGCUUCCCACUCAACGUUUGUUCUGCCUACCGUCUCAGAAACAGAGCUGAAGCAGCACUUGCCACAAUCAGAGAGCUCAAACAAAGUGUAGAGUUCACUAAGCUCGCAGAUAACCUGAAUCUUACCCGCUCCAUCAAGAUGCCAACCACCAAAACUAUCGGCAUGGAUAAGGUCUUCGAGGAGCUUCUACGCCAUGCCAAAGAUGAUAGUUUGAGUGUGAUUGGCAUCCACGGAAUGGGUGGUGUGGGCAAGACAGCACUCUUGAGAAGAUUCAACAAUGAUUUCCCGAGUGAAACAGAGGCAGACGUGGUAAUCUUCCUUGAGCUAUCAAUAGACUAUAAGCUGGAGGAAGUCCAGAAAUCUUUAUUCGAUCGACUGAGUUUGACAUGGCAGGAUGAGGUCACACACAGAGACAGAGCAACCAAAUUAUUUAGAGUCCUGAGUACGUUGAAAUUCAUAUUGUUACUCGAUAAUCUAUGGGAGCCCCUAAAUUAUCAGGUUGUUGGAAUUCCACUUCCCGCGCCUCCAUCAAAGUGCAAGAUCAUAUUCACAACCCGAACAGAAGACACUUGCAGCCACAUGGGCACAGAAAAGAUGAUUAAAAUGGAAUGCUUAGAAGAGGAGGUAGCCUGGAAUCUCUUCAGAAAUAGUGCAAGGAUGGAUGUCAUUGACGCCGACAAGAAUGUACGGAUCGAAGCUAGAGAUUUAGUCAAGGAAUGUGGCGGCUUGCCUGCAGCUCUCAUUGUGCUGGCACAAGCAAUGGCACCUAAAAAGACUUGGGAAGAGUGGAUGCAUGCCUUGACCAUCAUGAAGGACACACCACACCAACUUCCUGGUAUGACAAAUAAUGUUUUUUCUAUCCUGAAAUUAAGCUAUGAUCGUCUAUCCAGUGACAACUUGCGAGUUUGCGCCUCUUAUGGUGCAUUAUUCAUAAAAGGAUCUUGGAUUGGCAAAUAUAAUAUUAGAAAUUUAUGGAUAGGUGAAGGGAUUAUUGAUAAUGUGCAGAAUCCAAUGGAUGCUGACAACAAGACACAGUUUCUACUUGGCAUACUACAUGCAGCAUCUUUAACCGUAAGGGUUCAUGAUGACUACUUCACGAUGCAUCCCAUGAUCCGGGCCAUGAUAUUGUGGGUGCAACGUGAGUGCGGGAAGAAGGAGAACAAAUGGUUGGUGCGGGAUAGGGAGCGGGUCGGAGAAGCACCGGCAGCUGAGAAAUGGCGAGAUGCAGAGAGAAUUGCACUUGACUGGAACCAAAUAAGUGACCUUCCAGAAGCACCUCAAUGUCCUAACUUGAUUUUUCUGAAUCUUCAAGUUAACAAAUUUCUCAGGAAGAUUCCAAAUGGCUUCUUUUUGCACAUGCCACACCUCAAAAUCCUUGAUUUGCGAGAUACUUCUAUAAAGGAGCUACCGUGGCUUAUCAUGGUGGACAGCUACAGUGGGUGGAGGGAAGGACACACUUUGGAAGGAGGUGUGAGUUUCGAAGAGCUGGAAAGCUUGAAGAGAUUAAAAGUCAUUGGGAUCACAGUCAGCACGCUUGCUGCUCUUCAAAAUCUCUGUGACUCUCCAAGACUGGCACCAUUGACACACUGGCUCCAUAUAGAAGGGUGUCCAGAUUUGACGAUGUUCAACAUCCCAUCCAUGGAUUUUCACGCGGAAACUAUGUCCAGACUAGGUCAAAUCCAGCUUCACGCAAUGAGUGAGCUAGAAGAGGUAGUAAUUGGCAAUCGUCAGCCUAUUCUUCUACCUCUACAAGAGCUUCGACUUUCGAGUCUCCCAAAAGCAAAGCUUGUUUGGAGGCCUACGUUCCCUAAUACUCUUCUUGCACUAAAAAUUGAGGUAGAUUGAUCAAAUUGGAGGGAGAGGCAAAUGGUAGUGGGGAGACAGUUAUAACAAUCUUUCCUGAUCUCCACACAAUGGUGCUACGGCGGCUUCCAGAAUUGAAGAGUUUGAGUGAUGGGGAACGAAUAUUAAAUUUCCCAUCGUUGAAGACUAUCAAGGUGGAAGAUUGCCCCAAACUGACGAAGCUGAUGUUGGUUGCUGAUGGGCUGAAAGAGAUCGAGUGUGAGAGAUCAUGGUGGGAGCAGCUCAAUUGGGGCGACGAACGAACCAAGUCCUUCCAACACCUCUACAAACCCAUGUAUAUAGAUUGAUGGCUAAUUCAUCAUGGGUAUGUGAAGAAUGUAGGCAUUUUAUACAAAUAUUGUGAAAGUCUACGAUAUAUGAGUGUCCUUUAUUUGAGAGAUUGAUUAUGUAAUAAGGGGUGUUUGGUUGAUAGGUUUGGGAAUGAGGAAAUGAAAUGAUAGUAAAAGAUAGUGUUUGAAUUA